AUGGUAGCAAAGGAGUUAGGUGAACUGGGAAAGAUUGCAGAUGAUGGUAAAGUUGAUGAGAAAUCUGAAGAGGAUGUAAAUAUAAAACCGGUGAAGGAAAAUGAUGAAGAGCAAAUAGAUAAAACUUCGACAACCAUAGCCAAAGGUACUAUUCGUGAUAAGGGAAAGCAGAUUGUAGUUCAAGAUGAUCUUUCUCAUGGUUUGGUAGAUCUAAGCAUCUUAUCCCCUCUUAAAACAUUAAAGUUGGCCACUCUUGCACAGAUCAAGGCCAGUGAGGACUUACUCAAGUCUUCUUCAGAAGAGAAAGAAGUGAUAUCUUUGGCCACUACAUAUUUGGAAAAAAUUUUGCUUGACCAUAAGCAGAUUUUAAAUGCAUCACCCUCUGAGAAGCUUAAGGAUAUGUUAAAUAAAGUAGAAUUUAAUUUUAUAUCAUUGGAGAAAGUGACAGAUAUAAAAGUUUUGAAAAAGUUUAUUGAGAUGAGGCUUCAAACCUAUUUGAAAGUAAUUGAAGAUGACAAAGAAGUUUUGAAGACUAUGGUGAAGAGUGUAGAGGAUGCAUUAGGUGAAGGCAGAAAAAUAUUCAAAUCAUGUCUAUUUUUGCCCAAGUUUAUUGCUGAAAUUGAUAAGCAAAUAAGAGAUUUUGAAGGGAAGCUUGCAAGUAUUAGUCAUUCAUUUGCCCCUCAUUUAGUUUUUCUUAGUUCCCUUGAAGCACAAAUAAUUGAUUUUACUAACAAAAUAAAGGGAUUGAAUAAAGAAAAAGAGCAGUGGAGGGGGGAUGACGGGGAGGAGGGAGACAGAUAUGGAGAGGAGGAAAAAGGAGAUGGGGGUGGGGGAGGAGAUAAGGAGGGAGGAGAUGGAGAGGAGGACAUAGACAUCACUGGAAACACCGAGUCUAGUAGCAACGGGGAUGACAAUAAUUCAACUUCAGGAUCAUCGAGAAACGAUGAUGGGGAUGACAGUGAGAUGUUAGAGUUAAAUGAUGUACCGCCUACAGAAGGAGUCAGAGAUGGAGGAUAG